UCUUCUUCACAACAAAACCCUUGUCACUCAUAGUGCUCUCUGUGUCUUUAGAUCCCAAUAUUUUCUUCACUCCCAUUAGCCUCUGCAACUGCAUUUUCCAGAAAAGGAUGGAUAGAGUGGCCAAACUGGCACCAGAGAAGGCAGUGGUGAUCUUCAGCAAGAACUCUUGCAGCAUGUGUCAUGCCACCAAGAGAUUGUUUUAUGAACUUGGGGUGAGCCCAGCAAUUCAUGAGCUUGAUGUGGAGUCCAAGGGGAGAGAGAUGGAGUGGGCACUCAUGAGGCUUGGGUGUAGCCCUUCUGUACCUGCUGUGUUCAUAGGAGGUAAACUAGUAGGUUCAACCAAAGAGGUCAUGACCCUCCAUCUCAAUGGCUCAUUGGUACCAAUGCUCAAAGAUGCUGGUGCUAUCUGGCUUUAGUAACACUACACCUCUCAGUACAACUCAGUUCUUAUAAAGAAUCAAUUCAUGAGCUCUUUUUAUCAACAGCUCAUCUCCAGUCUUUUUGGUUUUUUGGCCUGGGUAACUGUACUCUUAUGAGAGAGAAAAAAAUACACCAUAUGGAAAUAAACUGAUACAGCUUAUGAUGAAUUAUAUC